CGUCCGCGCGCCCGACUCUGGCCGCUCCCCCUCCCUUCGUCCGUACGUCUCCCCGGGGUGACGGGCAAAGCCGUCUCAGUUUGCAGCGGGCCCCGCCGGGCGGGCCACGGCCGUCGUCGCGCGGCCACAGGGUUCGUCGCCGCGCCCGGGCCGACGAGGCCCGUCCGGGGCGGGCCGCCCGGGCGGAAUGAGCCUGGUGCUGAGGGACCUGCAGCGGGCCGUGCCGCUCCGCCGGGCGCCGCUGCGCGGGCGGCUGCAGGCGCUCCGGAGCGUCCUGGGCGUGCGGCGCUUCGACCUGGGCGUCGUCUGCGUGGACAACGAGCGCAUGCGGCGGGUUAACCGGCGCUACCGGCGGAAGGACGUCCCGACCGACGUGCUCGCGUUCCCGUUUCACGAGAAUCUGAAAGCAGGGGAAAUUCCCCAGCCUGAAUUUCCAGAUGACUACAAUUUGGGAGACAUUUUCCUGGGAGUGGAGUAUAUAUUCCAGCAGUGCAAGGAGGACGAGGAUUACUAUGACAUCCUGACUGUGACUGCCACCCACGGGCUCUGUCACCUGCUGGGCUUCACACACAGCACGGAGGCCGAGUGGCAGAAGAUGUACCAGAAGGAGAAGCAGGUUCUCGAGGAGCUGAGCCGGCGCGUGGGGACCAGGCUCCAGCCCCUGAGCAGGGGCCUCUUCUGACGACAGUGACACAGUAUGGAUGGAAGGUGAACCCCACCUUGGGCCCCAGGGAUUGGGGGCCCCCCCAGACGGAGGCCCUGCUGGUCACUGCUGUCCGGGGGAGCCACAGAAGUGCUGAACUCCAUGAGUGGAACCUGACAGUUUGUUAAAGUGUAAGAGAAACGUCCACUCUUUCUUUGUUCAGAACACAGCGAGUGUGUCAUUUUCAGUAUCGUAAAUAAAGUAGCUCUGAACUCUCAGAA